AUGGGACCGCCGAAAUAUCCCCCGCUGGGCAACCACCCCAUCCACGUCCACCCGGUUCGACCGCUCUACCGAUUCGCUGCAACCGCGCUCGGCGCCUCCAUGUGGUUCUUCUUGAUGUACCGGGCAAAGAAAGACGGACCCGCCCUCCUCGGUUGGAAACACCCAUGGGAUCAUUGA